GGACCGCCAUAUUGGAAAUUGAAAAAAGUUUUUUUGUCACGGAAGAAAAUAGUUGAAAUUUGUGUACAAAGGAAAGGUUUCUGAUGUAUUUAUAGUAGCAGAAUGGCCUGUCUGGUCGCAUUGAAACAAGAUAUUAAAAUUUUAGAGACUACUUUUCCGAGAAACCACGAUAGAUUUCAAAUUCUUUCUGCUUCCUUGGACGAAAUUGCAUGCCAAUUUAUUGGCAAGAAUGGAGAAAAAUUUGUCAUCCAUGCAAAUAUCACAGAUACAUACCCACAAACUGCACCUAUCUGGUUUGCCGAGUCAGAGGAUGUGACAGUAACUAACGCCAUUGCGCAAUUAUGUGAGACCUCGGCAGAAAAUUAUAAUAUAUUGAAGCAGUUCCGCAUGUUAAUAUGUGCCAUGUGUGGGUUCCACAAUGUCAGUGAACCACAGGAAAUAUCUGCCUUAGAGGAUGCAAUAGCUGCAAAGGGUAUGUGUGCAAUGUUGCCAGGGCAACGUAAUGAUACAUCUGAUGAAGAAGAGGAUGAAGAUGACUUCCACUAUGAUAUGGAGGAGGAUAUUACUGAUCACAAAGCCAAGGAGGAAUACAAUGGAAUAGAUGACCAGAAUAUGAAAACAUUAGAGAGACUAAAACAGCACCAACGGCAAGAUUACCUACAGGGUUCGGUUGCGGGCUCAGUGCAAGCUUCAGACAGGCUGAUGAAGGAACUAAAAGAUAUCUAUAAGUCCGACAGUUAUAGAAAAGAACAUCAAGAAGGUGCGGGAGAUAUAGGUGGCAGCAAGGGUUGCUACAGCGUGGACCUAGUCAAUGAUUCGCUCUAUGAAUGGAAUGUAAAAUUCUAUAAAGAUGCAAUUGACUCUGACAGCCCCUUGCACAGCGAUCUCAUAAAAUUAAAACAGCAAGAAAAUAGGGACUAUAUACUGUUAAACAUUACUUUUAUGGAAACCUUUCCAUUUGAUCCGCCAUUUGUGCGGGUGAUCACUCCUGUCCUGAAUGGGGGUUACGUUUUAGGGGGAGGAGCUAUUUGCAUGGAGCUGCUGACCAAACAAGGCUGGAGUAGUGCAUAUAGUGUCGAGUCUGUUAUACUUCAGAUCACAGCUACACUCGUCAAAGGCAAAGCUAGGAUCACCUUCGGUGCAACAAAGAGCCAAUAUAGCCUUGCUCGUGCAAAGCAAUCGUUUAAAUCUCUUGUGCAGAUACAUGAAAAAAAUGGUUGGUUUACACCACCCAAGGAGGAUGGCUAGUAGCUCAACACACCAUGCAGUAGUAGCACUCGAACAUUCUACAUACAACACUCUAAGCAUGGGCAGCCAAUUAACACUAUGCUGGUUUACAGACACACACACCUUGCUUGGCAAUGCCACAGUAAGCACUAAGUACAAAACUUUACAACUGUCAAAUUCUUAUUGGAUGGCAUGGACAAAAUGAGCCAGAUUGGUGAUAACUGUAUUGAAGUGCAGUGUUCUAUACAUAGCAGUAAAGUAUA